AGCAAGCACAAAUCGUGUAAAUGAGGACAUUUAUGAAACCCUGUCACCAUUAGAGAGAGAGCUGAGCAAGCUACUAACCCGCAUAGAGGUCUGGAGAAAAAGAGGUGGGAAGGUAGCUGUUUUCUUGACUGAGAGAAUGAAGGAAUCAAUCAAUUUGUUGAUUGAAAGGAGAGAGGAAGCUGGAAUACCUGCUGAAAAUCCUUAUCUCUUUGCAAGACCUGGUGCGAUGACAAAGUUACGGGGAUGUGAUUGUCUGCAGAAAUAUGCAGAGGAAAGCAAAGCAGAAAACCCUGAACUCCUGAGAUCAACCAAAUUAAGAAAACAGGUUGCCACAUGCUGCCAACUCCUGGAUCUCAGCGAACAAGAGCUGGAACAAGUUACAAGGUUCAUGGGACAUGACAUCAGAGUUCACCUUGACUUUUACCGACAGACUUACAAAACCUUUCAAAUUGCCAAGAUAAGUAAACUUCUGUUGGCAAUGGAGCGAGGCCUCAACCUCAACACAAUUGAUCUUUCUGUCUGUGCUGAAAGUCACACGUGGACUUCUGUGACUGUCCCACAGAGGGAAAGGAAACGCGGCAGAGAGGUUGUUGAAGAUGGAGGUUCUGACUUCUUCUCCCGAAAAACAGAUAUGACCAGGGCAGUGAGGAUGGGGACUCAGAUAUGGAGGAGGCCAUGGAGUGAAGCAGAGAGGACUGCUGUCAGCAAACAGUUGGGAAAGUUUAUGGCAUUACGGCGGGUUCCAGGUAAAGAGAACUGCAUCAAAUGCAUAACACGAGAAAUCCUUGGAUCAAAGAUCCUGGAAGGAUGUUAAAAACUUUUCAUAUAACACAAUUGUGACUCUUAAUCGAAGAUCGCUGUCACGGAAACUUCAGUUCUGAAGACGUCAUUUUGCAUUAUAAUUCAAUGUUCUACUUUCAAUGUCUGGUUGAGCCAGUUGUUGGCAUAUUUGAACAUUGUUAGUUUUCUAAUGCUGUUUGGUUGUGGAAUGUAACUAAGCACAUAUGCUCUAGUACUA